AUGUCGUUGGAUCCGCCCACGUAUCUCAGCUCCCUCCAAAACAAUAUCCGAGCUCGGCCAAUUCCUUGGGAAGGUGCCGUCCGGGCGGGCAACAUCACCGAUGAUCAUUUGAAGAAGAUCAAGGCCGUGGACAAGGUCCGCAAGGAGCAGCGCAUUCAGACAAUAGAAGCAGACCUUUCCGGCUAUACAAGUCUGCUUGCUGGUGGUGCACAGGGCAAGAGUGUUUUAGAGUCGGCUUCCCGAAGGACAGAUAUUGUACAAUAUAUCUUGGUGUUAGCCUCGGAUCUGAUUCACGACGUUCCCUCACUGGCCGAUGCGCUCGUUUCCCACCCUGAACCGUAUAAGCCAUUCCUUCCAUUCUUGCACCAAUCCUCAAAUGCCGAAGACCCUAUUCCCCUCCUCACCUCCACCUUCCUUACGGCUCUUGUGUCCCACAGUCUUGUUCGCACAUCCAAGCCUGCGCGUCGCGAUGAUGAAGCUCUUCCACAGCUAUACCUUUACCUCUCGACCCUGACCAAAAACCACGACAGCGGGCUGCAAGACAUUGGUGUACAGGGUUUCUCAGAGCUGCUUCGAACUCAGCGCUCUCGUGAGAUCUUUUGGAAUCAUCGCAGAGAAACCCUGGAUCCUUUAGUUGAUACUCUUCGCACUGCCGCGGGAAUCAAGGACAAUGGGGCAGCGGGCAGCACACGCGGCACCGAGUCUGGUAUUGCAGGAGGUAUUGGUAUUCAGCUCCUCUACCGAGUGCUUCUUGUAGUGUGGCAGCUCACCUUUGAGAGCGAACUUGUUGGUGAGGAAUUACAAGAGAACUAUGAGAUAAUUCAACUCUAUACGCAUCUACUAUCUAUCUCUCAGAAAGAGAAGACGACACGACUUCUCCUUGCAACUCUACUGAACCUCCUCUCCGACAACCGCACCACUCUCCUCCCCGUGGCAGUCUUUGUCGGCUUACCCGUUCAACUGACCAAGCUUUCCGGUCGCCACUUGACUGAUGAAGACCUUCUCGAGGAUCUCCAAACGCUGUCCGCCAUGCUUGAAGAAUACACCAAAACCCAGACCACCUUUGAUGAAUAUUCCGCAGAAGUCCAAUCCGGACAUUUACGCUGGUCACCUCCACACAAGAACGUCACAUUUUGGAAGGAUAAUGCCCGUCGGAUUCUGGAGGAGAAUAACGGUGCUCUUCCCAAGAAACUGGCUGAGAUCUUGUCUAAGAGCUGGGAGAACGACAAGCAGGUUUUGGCUAUUGCCUGUAAUGACGUGGGACAUUUGGUGAAAGCGGUUCCCGAGAAGCGUACACAAAUGGAACGCGCUGGUCUGAAGACCCGAAUCAUGGAACUAAUGGCCGAUACAGAUGAGUCUGUUCGAUGGGAGAGCUUACGCGCUGUCGGUGAAUGGUUGCGGUAUACCUUUGACGGCUAG